AUGUCUGGUGCUUUAGUUAAUCGUUCAUUAACAACAGUUAGAACAGAAUUGGAAUUUUUAAAAGAUUCAGAUGUUAUUACAGAAGAAUUAUAUAAUAAAUUAGUAGAUGCUAUACCAUUAAAAUAUCAAAAAGAUUCAGAACCAUGGGAUGUUGAUAAAUUGAAAUUUACAGAAAGAUCCAAUGCAGUAACUAAGUCGAACAUUUCACAAGUUUCAAUCCCUUCUUAUUCAACUUCUAAUUUGAGUGAAGAUUUUUCAAAAACUAAACUUGAUAAUAAUCCACCCCCACCAGUUUAUGAAGCUCCAUCUUCAAUUCCACCUAAGCUUGAACCAGGACCAGUAGGUUAUUGUACUGCAAUUUAUGAUUAUAAAGCACAAGAACAUGAUGAUUUAACUUUAUCUAAAGGUGAUAAAAUUGCCGUUAUUGAACAUUUAUCUGAAGAUUGGUGGAAAGGUUAUAAAUCAGGUAUGAAUUCAGAUAAAUCUGGUGUUUUUCCUUCAAAUUAUGUUAAAAUUAUAUCUGAACAAGAGUUUAAUUUAUCUAGGUCUGCAGUCCCGCCACCUUUAGAAGAGAGAAAUUCAUACAAUUCAAAUUAUGGUCAACAACAACAACCAAGUUAUGGAAAUUAUGGAGCUGCAUUACAACAACAACCUUCUUAUGGUGGAUAUGCUCAAUUUCCACCACCUUCGACUAAUUAUUAUCCACAGCAACAAUAUAAUGAACAACAACAACAACAACAACAACCUCCACAACAAAAUGGAAACCAUGAACAUAUUAAAAAAUUUGGAAGUAAGUUGGGGAAUGCUGCUAUUUUUGGAGCUGGUGCUACUAUUGGUUCUGAUAUUGUUAAUUCUAUCUUUUAG